AUGCAGGAUGUCCAAUGGCCUGGACAAAAGGCAAAUCCGCCACAUGGUUCUACUGAUAAAUUUCACGUGAAAGUGGUCACCCUCCACGAGCCACCAUUUAUAACGGUAUCAGAUGUGGAUCCAGACACUGGAAUGUGUCCCGGAAAUCAGGGGUCAAUUUGCGAUUGGGGAAGCGAGGAGCGCAUUGACGAAUCGGGAGUUCGAAGCAAUCGAACGGUCAGUAAAUGCUGCUCCGGAUAUUGUGUUGAUUUGCUGAAUAAGCUGGCCAAUGAUAUUGGAUUUACGUAUACGCUAUACAAGGUUCGCGAUGAGAAGUGGGGUCUCAAAACGGGCUGGAACGGUCUAAUUUCCGAUCUAAUAGAUCAUAAAGCCGACAUGUGCGUCACGUCUCUUAAGUUAAACUCGGAACGCGCAAAAGAUAUUGAUUUUUCGAUUCCGUUUUUGGAAACAGGAAUCGCUAUUAUUGUGAAGAUACGUAGUGGUGUGCUCAGUCCGACCGCGUUUUUGGAGCCUUUCGAGUAUUCAACAUGGGUGAUUAUAUUAUGCGUCUCAAUACAAGGAGCUGCGUUGGCGAUAUUUGUUUUUGAAUGGUUAUCGCCAUAUUCAUUUAAUAUGCAGAAGUAUCCACCACCAGAUCACAAGUUUUCACUUUGUCGUUCCUACUGGUUGGUAUGGGCAACGCUAUUUAGCGCAAGUGUUUCUACUGUAUGGGCAGCAUUCGGUUUAACCUUUCUCGCGGUCUAUACAGCAAAUCUGGCAGCGUUUAUGAUCACCCGUGUUCAGUAUUAUGACCUCAGCGGGAUUCACGAUCCUUUGCUCGCCUAUCCUGAAGACCAAAAACCGCCCUUCCGGUUUGGUACAGUGGAUGGUGGGAAUACCCACGAGACGAUGAAACGGAAUUGGUUUCGAAUGAAUGAAUAUGUACUGCGUAACAAAUUUUUUGUGCAAAACGUGACGGCUGGGGUGGAAGCGGUGCGCAGCGGGCAUUUGGAUGCAUUUAUCUACGAUGCCGUGGUCAUCGAUUAUAUGGCGGGCAAAGAUCCAAAUUGUGAGCUGCAAAUGGUUGGAAAAUGGUCGAGCAUGACUGGAUAUGGCAUUGGAUUCCCGAAGAAUUCGCCGCAUGUGCAGCUGGUUAAUCAGUGGAUGUUGCAGUAUCAGCAAAACGGAGACCUGGAACGACUUCAGAAUUUUUGGCUAACCGGUGCUUGUUCACGGGAUGGCCAUUCGCAGACACAAAGCGCUCCACUCGGUGUUGAGAAUUUUAUGUCGGCAUUUUUAAUGCUUGGUGGAGGAAUGCUUGUGUCGAUGGUGGCCCUCUUCUUUGAAUAUAUCUAUUGUCAUCACCUGAGAGGCGCCCUACGAAAAGCCGAUCCAAACGGAUGGUGCGGGGUCAUAAGUAUGGCGAUGGGAAAAUCAUUGUCUCUGGUGGAAGCGACGGAAAGAUGCUGCUACACUAUCACCGCAACCACGAAGAUCACGAAAUGGUUCGAAGGGAGAAAGCGAAACUUCAUUGGGCUC